AUGACCACCAAUUUGCCAUCCGAGUACAAGGUCGCUCGCUUCGAACAGGCCGGCGGCCCUUUGGUCAUCGCAACGGUCAAGCUUGAGAUGCCAAAGAAGGGCGAAAUUCUUGCCAAGAUCCUUGCUUCUGGCGUCUGUCACUCGGAUGCCAUUGUUCAAUCCGGCGGCUGGGGAAACCCAUUCCCCAUCAUCCCUGGCCACGAAGCCAUCGGCGAAGUAGUCGCUGUUGGUCCUGAUGAGGAUCAUUGGAAGGUUGGCGAUCGGGUUGGGGGCGCAUGGCACGGCGGUCGCCACUGCGUAUCCUGCCGCCGAGGUCUCUUCCAAGCCUGCGACCAGGAGCAAGUCAAUGGACUCUCAAGGAACGGAACUCACGGCGAAUAUGCCAUCCUUCGAAGCGAGGCUGCUGUAUCAGUGCCAAAAGAUAUUGAUCCCGUCGCCUACGCUCCAUUGCUGUGUGCUGGAGUGACUGUCUUCAACUCACUACGUCAGCAAAAGAUCUUUCCAGGACAAACUGUUGCGGUGCAGGGAUUGGGAGGACUGGGACAUCUUGCCCUGCAGUACACUAGCAAGAUGGGCUACCGGACUAUUGCCAUCUCUUCCAGCUCGGCCAAGAAGGAAUUUGCACAUAAAUUGGGCGCACAUGAGUACAUCGAUGCUUCUAAGGGCGAUAUUGGCGGGCAACUUCAGAAAUUGGGAGGGGCGAGUGCGAUCCUGUUCACAGCGCCAUCGGGCAAGGACAUCCAAUCACUUUUGGGCGGCCUUGCACCCAUGGGCAAGCUGGUUAUCCUGGCGGCGGCAGAACCUACGGAAAUCAACACUGCAUUGAUGAUUCAAAAGGGACUCGGGAUCCAAGCAUGGCCAUCUGGGCAUUCUCUGGAUAGUGAGGAAGCAAUCAGCUUUGCUCAUCUGCACGGCGUCAAUUGCAUGGUGGAAAAAUUCCCUCUUGACCAGGCCAACGAAGCCCUCAAGCACAUGCUUGAAGGAAAGGUCAGAUUCCGAGGUGUAUUGGUCCCAUGA